GCAGCACUGACACGGAGGGGUAACAGGAACGACUUCAUCGCCGAGCGCGGCGGCAAUCCUGAGAAGAUCCGGGAGUCGCAGCGCAAGCGACAUGCGAACGUCGAGAUUGUGGAUGAAAUCAUAAAGGAGUUCGAGGUGCACAGGCAGACACAGUACGCGGCGACGCAGAUCGGCAGCACCAUCAAUGGCCUGCAGAAGCAGAUCGGACAGAAGAAGAAGGCCAAGGAGAGCGCAGACGACCUGCUCAAGGAGAUGGCAGACCUAAAGAAGCAAAAGGCUGCAAAGGAGGCCGAGGCCGCAGAGAAGGUCGUCAAGUUGCUCGCCAAGGUCAAGAUGGUCGGCAACUACGUGCACCCCGACGUGCCCGUCUCCAACAACGAGGACGACAACGCCAUCCUCAAGACGUGGUCGCCCGACGGCAAGAAGCCCGAGUUCAACGCCACCGGCAUCCCGCACCACGGCGUGCUCGCGCGGCUCAACGGCUACGACCCGGAGCGCGGCGUCAAGAUCGUCGGCCACCGCGGCUACUGCCUCAUCGGCUACGGCCUCUUCCUCAACAUGGCCCUCAUCAACUACGGCCUCGAGUUCCUCUUCAAUAAGGGCUACACGCCCAACCAGCCGCCCUUUUUCAUGCUGCGUGACCAGAUGGCCAAGACGGCGCAGCUCUCCGAUUUCGACGAGGAGCUGUACAAGGUGACCGAGAGCAAGGACAAGCCCGAGACAGACAAGUACCUCAUUGCCACCUCCGAGCAGCCCAUCUCCGCGCUGCACUCGGAGGAGUGGCUCGGCACCGCGGACCUGCCGAUCAAGUAUGCCGGAUACUCGACCAACUUCCGCAAGGAGGCCGGGUCCCACGGCAAGGACGCGUGGGGCAUCUUCCGCAUUCACCAGUUCGAGAAGGUUGAGCAGUUCCUCAUCACCAACCCGGAGAAGAGCUGGGAGGCGUUUGAGCAGAUGCUUGAGACGUCCGAAGAGUUCUACCAGAGCCUCGGCCUGUCGUACCAGGUCGUGGGCAUUGUGAGCGGCGCGCUGAACAACGCCGCGUCCAUGAAGCGCGACCUCGAGGCCUGGUUCCCCGUCACCGGCGGCGGCGAGUACAAGGAGCUCGUCUCGUGCUCAAACUGCACAGACUACCAGACGCGCGAGCUCGAAAUCCGCUUUGGCGUCAAGAAGCAAACCUCGACCCGCAAAGAAUACGUCCACGCCCUCAACGGCACCCUCACCGCCACCGAACGCACGCUGUGCUGCCUGCUCGAGAACUUCCAGACCCCCGAGGGCUUCAACGUGCCCAAGGUGCUGCAGAAAUACAUCCCCGGGCAGCCCGAGUUCCUGCCGUUUGUCAAGGAGUGGAAGCCGGUCAAGGACGAGGUCAAGAUGCCGGAGCGGCCAAAGGAGAGCAAGUAGAGUCAGGCUGCGAUGGUGGCAAGGGGUUUUGUUUGGUGUGGGUGGGGGAAGAAGUGUGGGGAAAGGCAGAAGAGCAGCGGUGCGACGUGCAGGUGUGGAUGGAGUCAGCAUAUCAUCUACCUAUCAACACAUGUGCGCACGUAGCAUGAAACAUGGAAAUGAAACGAAAAAUACCCAC